AUGUUCUACGCUGCAGUAGAGGAGAAGCUCGACCCGUCGCUGCGCGAGCGGCCGUUCGCUGUCGGCAGCUAUGCCAUGCUGACCCCAAGCAACUACAUUGCUCGGGCGUACGGUGUGCGCUCGGGCAUGCCAGGCUUUAUAGCGAAGAAGCUCUGUCCUUCUUUGUGGAUACGUCCACCGCACUUUGACCUGUACCGCCGCGAGGCCGCCGAGGUGCGCGUCAUGGGCGCUCUGUACGAUCCCCACUACGUCGCCGUAGGGCUCGAUGAGCUAACUAUGGACGUCACCGACUACCUUCGCGCGCACCAGGAUCGCUCUGCCCAGGAUGUGUGCGCGGAGUUCCGCCGCCGCGUCGAGGCGGCGACGCAGCUGACGUGCAGCGGAGGGAUCGCCCACACAGCGGCCUUCGCAAAGCUGGCCAGCAACGUGAACAAGCCGAAUGGGCAGCACAUUCUAACGCUGCGCACACGUGAGGAGGUGCUAGCUCACGUCCGUGAUAUGCCGGUACGCGAUGUGCCAGGGAUCGGCUUUGCAACCGAGCAGCGGCUGCACGCCCUCGGUGUAGUCACGUGCAAGGACUUUCUCGCGCGGAAGGCGGAACUGUGCUACUUGUUUCGCGAGAAGACAUUCGCGUUUUUACCUCUCGGUGGGCCUAGGACUCGUGCGCACCCACGUCGAUCGCUCCAACGCGGAGCGAGAAGCCGCCGCGGCACCGCCGAGCGUGGCGGCGGCAACGAAGCCCAGCUCUGCGGCACAUUCGAAAUCACGUCUUCCUCGUGCAUCGGCCAGUCCAUCGCCCUCUGCGCUCAGGGCGGUCGUUCCAGAUCACCGUGCGCAGAAGUCGACUGGGAAGUGUGUCACCCUGGCGCGCGGUGUGCCUAA